AAGAUGAUAGGUGAAGCCAGGUGGGUAGGAAAGGUGGGUAGAAGAGGGAAAAAAUUACUGAAAGGAUAAGUCAACGUUCAUGCCAUCAGAUUGGAGGCAACCUAGGCAGAGUAUGUGGAGUUGCUCCUCCACCCUGAGAGAGGCCUCAUCAAGGCAAGAGGGGUGGUCCUGGACCGAUAAAACGGAAUGGAAAUAGGGUUUGGUGGUUGGCCACCGGGAAGAUCCGCUUUUUGGCAGGUGGAGUUGAGGCUCAGCGAAGUGGUCGCCCAGUUCAUGUCGAGUCUCACCGAUGUAGAGGAGGCCGCAUCGGGAGUACCGGACAUAACAGAGUCACGGGUGAAGAGUUGUAUCAUCUGUACAGGUUUCAGGGGCCCCGAACGGAGAUAUUUGAGGAGUGACCAGGUAUCUUCUUUGUAACACCGAUGUUUCUGUUGUCGAUGCUUGGAGAUGAAAAUGUCUCUCGGCCCAGCUGGAACGGUGCUUUGUGUCUGAAAUGAAGUUUCCUUUUCUAACGCAGUGGAAUCCGCUGAAACCAGGGUGCUGAGAACACACCAGCAUUUGGUGAUGAGAGAUCAGUUCUUCAAGUGCAUUGAUUGUGCGAGGAAGUCAGCAUCUGACAUCUGACUUGAUGGGCUGCCAGGCGAGAUCAUUCACCUGCUCUCAGUGUGGGAAAGGAUUCCACCCGCAGACAUGUCGGGUUGAGCCCGUUCUCCUGCUCUGAGUGUAGGAGGAGAUAUACUCAGUCACCCAGCCUGAAGAUACAUCAGUGAGGCGGUUCCUUCACCAUUUCUGUGUGUAAUUCAUCCCCCGUGAUGAGACGCCAACGAGCCCACUCCAAGGAGAGGCUGUUCGCCUGCUCGGACUGCGAAAAGGCAUUCACUCACCCAUCUCAGCUGCAGGCUCACCAGCGCGUUCACACUGGGGAGACACCAUUUAUCUGCUCCGUGUGCGGGAGGAGGUUCACUCGGUCAUCAGAUCUGCUGACACACGAGCGAUUUCACACCGUUGAGAGGCCGUACAUCUGCUCUGAGUGCGGGAAGGGAUUCACUCGACCGUCCGAACUGCGGAGACACCAGCGAGUUCACACUGGGGAGAGGCCGUACAUCUGCUCAGAAUGUGGGAAGGGAUUCACCCGGUCAUCUUACCUACAGACACACCAGCGGGUUCACACUGGGGAGAGGCCGUUCACCUGCUCGGACUGCGGGAAGGCAUUCACCCACCCAUCUCACCUGCAGAGACACCAGCGCGUUCACACUGGGGAGAGACCGUUCAUCUGCUCCACGUGUGGAAAGAGAUUCACUUGGUCAACUGAUCUGCUGACACACCAGCGGGUUCACACCGGGGAAAAGCCAUACAUCUGCACUGAAUGUGGAAAGGGAUUCACUCAGUCGUCCCACCUACAGAUGCACCAGUCAGUUCACACUGGGGAGAGACCGUUCACCUGCUCAGACUGUGGGAAGGGAUUCACUCGGUCAUCCGACCUGCUGGCACACCGGUCAGUUCACACUGGGCAGAUACCGUUCGCUUGCUCAGACUGUGGGAAGGGAUUUACUCAGUCAUCUCAACUGAAGGUACACCAGCGAAUUCACACUGGGGAGAGGCCGUACACUUGCUCUAAGUGUGGGAAGGGAUUCACUCGGUCCUCCCACCUACAGGCACAUCAGACAGUUCACACUGGGGAGAGACCGUUCAUCUGCUCAGACUGUGGGAAGGGGUUCACUCGGUCAGCUGCGCUGCUGGCUCACAAGUCAGUUCACACUGGGGGGAAAGUUUAAAUAAGCUGCAUGCUGGAUAUUUCACUGUCACAGUUGCUGAAUCCAGAGGCAAGUUCAAAAGUGGUUAUUGGUGUUGAACUCUGCAAUUAUUGCUGCUGUUCAGCAUCCAAUGCUCCACCCUAGUCACUGGGUUUGGGAGGAGUUUCCUCUCCUAAUGUUCACUUUUACUGGGACUGGAGUUUAAUAUUUUGCAUCGGUGACAAAUAAUUAUAUUCCAUUUUAAGCUCUGUCUCAGGUACUUAGUGGACUUACAAUGCACCCAGUGUACAUCAGGGAGUCAGCUCAACCCAGACAGUCCCUGUUCAUGUUUCAGUUCCAUGACAGUCCUUUUAAUUCCAUCCGUGCUGUUCACCUCUCACUCCCCCUGUGGUGACGGGUUCCAAAUGGUCACCACUCUGUGGGUGAAGAAGUUUCCCUUGAAUUUCCUGCAUGACUUUCUGCAGCCUGAAGAGAAAGAGGAGCUCACUCCAGUUAUGUCUGACAUGUUCCUCAACCCUCAGCUCUCUGGGCCAAGGUAGAAUGACAUUGAUUGUUAAUCCCCUUAUUCAUGAUCUUUACUAAGGUUUUGGGACUCAGCCCAAAACUACAGCCCUGAGUUUAUCUUGUAUAAUAUAUCCUUCAGGCAAGUAGAUAAGGGAUUUUCUACCAAUUGAAGCAGAACAUUGAGAUCACUUCCAAUGACCAGAAACAGCUGAUGUCCAUAUCUCGGUAAAUAAUGAGUCUUGAGACUGAGGCCUAAAGGAAAAUACUGGGUCCAACUUCCAAUGAAUUAAAAUGCCAAUAGAGCAGCAUGAGAAAAGGAAAUUCCUUGCAAUCACUUUCAUUUCUUCAGGUGAUUACCUUUGAACGUUAUCUGGUUCUGGACGUCUCUGUCAAGUGAGACUAUUGUCUUUGUUUCUUUCUGUCUUGUGCGGUGGGUGGGUUGAUGUCUUCCAACAGCUGCCAAGUUAUUUCUUGGGUAACUGGAGAAGACGAAUUUCAGAGUUGUAUUCUACAUAUGUACUUUGAUACACAUAUAAGGUACAAAUGCCUCGGUGAGGUAGAUUGUGAGAUGGAUUUACUGUAUGAAAGACCCUUCAGGUUCUGAUAACAGUGUGUUUGAGCCCCAGCCGGGGCAGUGUGUUGUGUCUUUGAGCAAGGCGCCUAACCGCACAUCGCUCCAGUCCACCCAGUUGAAAAUGGGUACCGGUCAAAAACGCUGGGGGUCAACCUUGCGAUAGACUGGCGUCCUAUCCGGGGGGGGGUGCGGUAGUCUCGUACUCUCAGUCGCCACGGAAACCGACAUAAGCACCGACCCGAUGAGCCUAUAAGGCUCGGAACAGACUUUAACUUUCACAUCUCUUGGAUGCCCCUUACACCCUCCACACAUUCCCCAGUCUGUUUCAGCCCCUGAUCCACACCGUCUCGGGGUCUCUCCUACCCCAAACCUCGCCUGUCUAUGUAUCUCCCCGUUUCCCUCUACCCCAGUCUCGGAGUUGCCUCAUUUUCGGAGUCACCUCUAUGAAGUGCCCCCCCCCUCCCACAACAGGCCUCCUCAAUGUAGAGGAAAGCUGCAUUGGGAGCACCGGACACAACAGAUGACCCUAGCAAAGUCAUGGGUGAAGUGUUCCCUUACCUGGAAUGACUGCGUACAUUUAGCGUAGCGCGGGAAAUCACGUAGCUGACGUUACCGGCUAGAAUUACAAUUGGUCCAUAACGGUGUGUUACUAAGGGCGCGGUCUCUUAUGAGCAUCCGUCCUCCGGAGUGAAGUAAUCUACAGACCGAAAAGCGCACAGAUGGACAGGGAGAGACACAUACAGAGGGAGAGAGGCACAGAGAGCGACUGUUACGUACAUGGUUUAUGACCAAAGAGUAAAAUGGCUGGAGUCGUUUAGAACUUUUAUUAGGUGUUCAUUAGGUGCAUCAAAAAAACAAGCUUAAAACUUAAAUAGCAAAAAGAAAACUGCCAGUAUUUACAACUACCAGAAAACCCAAUAAAUAGCUCCAUAUUAUUUUCAGUGUGAAUUCUUUGCAGCUCGAUCUCUGUCUCCCACUGAGCGACAGGCCCUAUUUAUUAGGCACGAGGAUAUAGCAUCUUUAAUUCAGCACAAGCUGAACAAGCUACACAUGAAUAAGAAUUUGAUGAACUCUACAAUGUAGUUGCAAUCAUAUU